AUGGGGUGUAUCGAUUCUCGUGGACUCCUUUGCUACUCCUCUGUGAAGAUGCUGACUUGGCGCCACUAGCUUUCUACUCGACAGAAUAUUUUGCUUGUGAUUAGGAUUACACAAUAUAAUUUCUCUGACGAAACGCUCUUACCAACCAGCGGGUAUGACAUAUUGAUAGUUUUCCCCUUACUUCAUCAUUGUUCUUGUGUUCAAAGUUAUCUUUAACAUAACAAUAGAAAACUUUAGGUUACAGAUAAGUUCGAUCUUUUCCAAACGAAUCGGAAUUCAACAUCCUUGCCUUUAACUUCAAGUUCAAGUUGUUCACAUCAAGUUCAAGUUAAGAGUAAGACUGAAUGAAGGGAAGAAAAUGCAGUUUGGUUUGAAAACAAAUCUUCAUGUAAUGUUACCAGACCAUUAUGAUAAAAUGGAACACUUGUUUCAAUCCAGGAUGUUAUUCUAUAAGAUGUUAAUGUGAGCAGUGUUUUUGUGUAGACAUCAAGAAAACAAUGGAAAUUCCAUAUGUAAUUGCUAAAUAACUGUUAUUGAGGAAGGGGUUUCCUCAUUUCCUAGGGUUUUACUUCUAAUUGUCAUGACUUUAUCUAAAAUGGGAGAUCAACUGCUUGAAGAACCGAGCUCUUCCCUUGUUUAUGAAGCAAAAGAAGUUUUUUACAGGUCAUUUCAAAAACUUAAUGAAUUUUUAACAAAGGAAACCCUGUGUGAUGUUGAGAUUCGAGUAGGUGGAAAAUCAAUCAAAUGCCACAAAGUGAUUUUGGCUUGCUGCAGUCCCUACUUCUGUGCCAUGUUUACUUCUCCUUUAGCAGAAAGUAAACAAAAAAUAAUUAACAUAAAAGACAUUGAUGAGAGUGCAAUGGAACUGCUUAUUCAGUUUGCAUACACGGGUAAAGUUGAACUCAGUGUUGAAAAUGCUCAGUCUAUAUUCCAUGCAGCAUCAGUAUUACAACUGGAUAUGCUGGCCCAAGUAUGUGGUGACUUUAUGCGAGAUCAUUUACACCCAACAAAUUGUCUUGAAAUUCAUCAGUUUGCAGAACAACAUGGUCAUCAAGUUCUUGUGUACUAUGCAGACAAAUAUACAGCCAAACAUUUUCUGAAAGUUUCUUUGAGUAGUGAAUUUCUUUUGAUUGGAGGUAGUCAUUUGCAGGACCUUAUUUCAUCACCUGAUUUGCAGGUGGAAGAUGAGAUACAGGUUUAUGAAUCAGUGAUGAAAUGGAUAAAACAUAAGCCAGAUCAACGAAAAGAUCUUCUUCCUGGUCUUUUGUCAAAAGUCAAACUGCCACUUCUUCCACUGGAAUACUUACUAACAAUGGUAGAAAAUGAGGAACUCAUCCGUCGUAGCCUAGAAUGUCGGGAUUUGCUGGAUGAGGCUAGAGAUUACCAACUUUGGCAAGCCAAUCUUUUUCUUGAGCUGCGGUCUUCACUUGAAGAAAAAAUAAGACCAAGAAAAAGUUAUGCUGGAGCAUUAUUUUGUGUGGGUGGUAGAGGAAUACCGGAAGAGCCAUUUGCAACUAUUGAGUGUUAUAGCUGGCUUCAUAACCAAUGGUUCAGAAUUAUAGAAAUGACUACCAGAAGACGCCAUGUAGGUUGUGCUUCAGCAGGAGGAAAAAUAUAUGCAGUUGGAGGUUGUGAUGAAAAACAACAUCUAGCCAGUGGAGAAGUUUUUGAUCCAGUUACAAACAAGUGGACGUUACUCUCACCAAUGCUGACUCCCAGGAGAGGACUGGGCCUGUGCUGCUUAGAAGGACCAAUAUAUGCUGUAGGUGGGCUCAAUGAUAGCAGUUUCUUUGCUACAGUAGAAAGAUAUGAUAUCAACUCCGAUAGUUGGAGCACUGUAGCUAGUAUGAACACACCACGAGGAGGAGUUGCUGUUGUUGCACUUAAGGGUUGUUUGUAUGCACUUGGAGGAAAUAAUGGCCCAACUUCAUUGAAUAGUUGUGAAAAAUUUGACCCUCAUUUAAAUAAAUGGGUUAAUAUUCCACCUAUGAAUCAAAAUAGGGCUGGAGCUGGGGCAGCUGUAUUGAAUGGAAUGUUGUAUGUUGUAGGAGGAUUUGACAACAACAGAUCCCUGAAUUCUGUAGAAAUGUAUGACCCUAUUUCAAACUCUUGGUCAUACGUAGUUCCUAUGAUGCAUUGUAGAGGAGGAGUAGGAUUAGGAACUCUUGGUGGGCGAAUGUUUGCUGUUGGAGGACACAAUGGAAACCACUACCUAAGCAGUGUGGAAGUUUAUGAUCCUCUAAUAGAUAAAUGGGAACAGGCAGCAGGAAUCCAGACAUGCAGAGCUGGGGCUGGAAUUGCAUGGUGUCCUUGUUCAGUCACCAACCUCUAUAACUUGAACAAGCAUCUCAACAGUGACAGAGAUGCAUUGCUUGAAAAAGCCUUAUCAUAAGGUCACAUUAGAUACACAGGAAACAUAUGGUCUUAAUUGCUGUCAGAGCAAAAACAACUAGUAGCUCAUGUUACAAGUGUCAACCAUUUCAUUAAGUCAAAAAUCCAUGUCUUAAAUAAUAAGACAUUCAAAUGCUUAGAAAUAUUAAUAUUUCAUGAAAUCUCUAACCUUUAGUGUAUAUUUGAAGAAAAGAAAUCCUUGUGCUCAAAUAAAAUAGUCUGUUUUAAGUAUCUUAGAUAUGAAAAUUCUUGCAAGUUUAUUUUAUGCUGUUGUUGAAGUCUGCAGGAAUUUUUCAAAAGAAAAGAUGUUGUUAAAUGCCAUUAAACUCAAUACAACAUCAGCAGUUGUAAAUGAAAAAUUGAUAUUCAAUUCAAGAUUUAAUAACAGUAAUUGUUUAUUCCUGAAAAAAAUGUUAGUUGCUAUUCAACUCAAGACAUAAACAAUUUCAUUGUAAGAAUUGAUAUUGAAGAUUUAAUAAUAACAAUAUAAUUGUUCAUUACUAUAAUUAUUGUGAUACAUCUAGAUUAAAUGUUUAAUUCAAAUAUUUGACUACUGUGUCAUAGGUAUGUUAAUGAGUUUUAAUGUGAGAAAUGUCAAUAUUGUAUAAUCUAUCCUCUCCAAAAAUUGGAUUUCUGUUGUUGUAUUUUAGUAUAUCAUACUUGAUGCAUUUGCCAGUGUGUCAUCACACUGAAGAAAAAAAAAUUGAGCAAUUUUAUAAAGGUGUAUAGAAAAAUGAAAUUACCCUAGUCAGAUUCAGUGUUGAGAACCAAACAAAAGCAACAAGCUGUGGUAGAAACACUGGCAGGAAUAAAGAUCAUUGUAAUGAAGUGUCCAACAUUGAAUCAAAGGUUAGAAAUGACAUAAUGCUGUUUGGAACUAUUAAUGCCAACACUUUGCAUAGUGGUAACAUUAAUGUGAAUUCAGACUUUGGCCAUUUGAUGUAAUUUUAUUCAUUUGACCAAAACACUUUUAGCUUGCAAAAUUUUGUGGUAAAAGAAAAGAUACAUUUACUAGUUUGUUAAAAUCCGUGAGCCAAAUGAUGUAUUGUGCAUGUGUUAUUUCAACUGUUAGCCUAGUUAUGUAAUUACCAUUUCUGAACCAUAGCUUAUACCAGUUAAAGCAUAAAUGCAAUCAAAUAUUAUAUCCUAAGGUAAUCAUGCCAAAGUUACAUGCUUCAUUAUUAUGAAUUUGAACCUGUUGCAGGUUUAAUCCUUAGCUUAUGGCAUGGAUGUUACACUGUUUGUAGUGGCAGAUGUGCGGAAGUGGAAAAUUGUUUUCAACUGUAAUGUAAAAAUAAAAUUUAAAGAAUAGUGACUUUGAUUUAACACUUCAAAGAAUACGUACUACCUACUAUUAGUAUAAUAAAGUCAUGAAAAUACUAUAUAUAUAUAUAUAUAUAACUAGGCUAUACAAAAUAUUAGUACACAAUGCAAUAAAGUAUUGUCAUGGGCACAAUUUUCCUUAGGUUUAAAUUUUGUUUUAUGUAUGUGUUGGAACUUAAAACUUUCUACUCCAACAGCAGUAAGUAUACAAUAACCAUAUUUUAUGUGCAUAUUUGUUUGCUAGUUCUCAAGUUCACUUCUCAAUUUUAAUUAAUAUAAUUUGCAUAUUUUUCAAUGUUUGUGUCAGCAUUAAGGUGUUAUUUUAGAAUCAUUUCAUGGAAUUUAAUAUUCAGUGCAAGUAUAAAUAUGUUUUAUUGUUUUAUACAAAUUUAAAAUUCUUAGCUGAGGCACUACUCAUUUGUUGUCAGAAAAAUAUUUUGCCAAUAUGAAGGUUCUGUUGUUUUUUAUUUUUCUGAAAAUACGUGAAUGAAAUAACAAAUUGGAACCUGAAUCUUAAAAUUUCAGAGUAGUUCUGUCAUUUAAUGGGAUUUCUAGGUUCUAGUCACUACUUUAUUAUUUAUAGGAAUGUGAUAUGAAUUUGAUGUGAGUUAAAAGCUAGAUAUACUUUUUGUAACCUUGGUGAUUUUUUACUACAGUAAUUUCAGGUGUAUGGAUCAUUAAUUUAAAAAUUAGAUACAAAAGAAAGAAAAUAACUAGAGUUUUUAUCUAGACAAAAAAGAAAACUCUUGAACUAGACUGUGAGUGCUGAAAUCAUGAUAAGUUAUGCAGUUGCAUGAAUUUGCAUAUGAUAUAAACUUGCUUCAUUAGCAUUAUCUUGAAAGUAAUGGUUAUCUGUGACGUCAACAUUGUUCUAAUGGUGAUACAUGUAGUUAAGGUGUCACAGUAGCUUGAAUUCAAAAUUGAAAGUAAAGGUUCAUGAAUAUAAAGUUUAAAGUAUCUGUGGUAGUAGUGUGUUUGUGUGUGAAAAUAUUUGUUAAGAUAUGACAGGAACAUAGAUGUAAAAUAAGUUGUUAAAGUGUAAUUUCAGCAUGAAUGUAGAUUUGAUGGUAAAUGUAUGAUAGUAUCAUGGAUGUGAAAAUAAUGGUUAAAGUUUGAUAGCAAUAUAAAAUAAAAUUUAUGUAAAAUGUGUAACGCCAAUGCGUAAAAGGAUGUGUAAAUGCUUAAUGUGUUACGUCAACAUUAUUGUAACGGUGGUACCUGUAAUUAGGUUGCGACAACAACUAAUUUGAAAUUGAAGGCUUAAGGUGCAUGAAUAUAAAAUUUAUGGUAAAUGUGUGACAGUGAGAAAGUUGUGAAACAGUGAUUAAAAUGUUACAACAGCAUUGUUUGUAACAGUAAUACAUGAAAUAAAAGUGCAAAAUUGAUAUUUAUAAAAAAAAAAAAAAUAUGAGAGUAGAGUAGUCAUCACGUGCCAGUAAAGAUAUGUGACAGUAUGGAUGUCACCACAUGAACAUGGUAGUAAAAAUAUGAGAGUAGAGUAGUCAAAUCACGUGCCAGUAAAGAUAUGUGACAGUAUGGAUGUCACCACAUGAACAUGGUAGUAAAAAUAUGAGAGUAGAGUAGUCAGAUCACGUGCCAGUAAAGAUAUGUGACAGUAUGGAUGUCACCACAUGAACAUGGUAGUACAAAUAUGAAAUUAACCUGAAUGUGUAUGUGACUGGGAGAGUUUGGUCCUUACAUUUAACAUAUCAUGGUAAAUUUAUCAUAUAACAUUGGUGAAUAGCCAUGAUGAAAAUUAGCACAAAGGAUCACUAAAAAUUCAAAUAGAUUUCAAAAGAAGAAGAAUAGUCAGUUUUUUGAAAGCCCUCGAGUUUCUGGGUCUUUUGGAAUCUACAGUAAUAAAUAAUCAUGGCACCAUUAAUGAAAACAUUUAUAAAAGCAUGGUAGUAAUGUUAGGAGAAGCAAAGCAGUGAAGAAACCCUAGUAGCAUGAUUUUCAAUAUUUUACAAUAGUGUAAUGUUCAUUGUAUUUCAAUGAGUAACAGAGUCAGCCUGAGUAUGAAAAUAGUGACAAAUUGUAUGAAAAAAAGAUGAGUAAAAUUCAAUCUUUGUGUAACAGUGCAAAUAUAAGUUAGUGGAGUUUCUCAAAAUAUUUUGCCAGUUUAAGCUUUUUUCAUUAUUUGUAUUUUUUAACCCUUUAAACGAUUUGUUGCCAUAUGUGUCUAUAAUAGUAGAAAAUAUUUGUGAUAUAAAAGUUCUGAAUCUUUUAUUGUUGGAAAUGAUUUUGCCACCUAAAGGUUUAAUGUUCAUCUUCCUUUUGAUUUGAUUUUAAUUAUAGACCAAGAUGAGGCAGAGAGUAAUUCUGAAGUAAAGAAAGGAUACAUUGUACAUGUUUUUAUUGAUACAGUUUCAAAGAUUAAAAAUAAUUUUUAGUGUUUUUUGAAAAUAUUAGAAAUCAACUCUUAAUUUUUCUGUUAAAUAAAAUAAAGAACCCAUGUGGACUUAAAAAGCUCA